AUGACUUCAGUUGCUUCGUCUGCGGUGAAUAAUAACAAUAGCAAUGUCACUGAUGCCAAGAGGCACAAGAGUUCCUCGACUGCAAAUGCGGCCUUUGGCGCCGGUGCAGGAUUGAACAUAAAGACAGCAGAGAUCCCUGAAGGCAAGACAGUUGAAGAUUACCAACGUGUUUACAACGAGAUUGCCACCAAGAUUUCUGAACAUUUGGACUAUGAUCACGGCGAUGGGUAUUUCGGACAAUUGGUUAGAAAUGCGUGGCACGCGUCGGGAACAUAUGCCGUUGCUGACAACUCGGGUGGAUCGUAUUACGGAUCUAUGAUCUUUGAACCAGAAGAGUUUGAUUUCCAAAACAAAGGUACAUCAAUUGCUAGAAGUUUCUUGACAUCGAUUCACGUACAGAACCCAUGGAUUUCAAGAGGUGAUUUGUGGACAUUAGGUGGAGUUGCUGGUGUGCAAGAGUGUAAUGGCCCCAAGAUCAAAUGGAGACCAGGGAGAGUUGACGACAACACUGGUACAAAAGCAGCACCAUCAGGUAGAAUACCCGACGGUGAAGGAGAUGCUAGAUAUGUUAGAGACUUUUUCUCAAGAAUGGGGUUCAACGAUAGGGAAACUGUAGCCUUGAUUGGUGCUCAUGUGUUGGGAAGAUGCCACACACACGUCUCCGGGUAUGAUGGUCCAUGGGGUGACGAUUCAAAUAACUUUACUAAUGACUUCUAUGAAAGAUUGGUGGGCAAAUGGCAUCUCAAAAAUUGGGAUGGAAGAAAGCAGUACGAAGAUGACGACACAAACUUGUACAUGAUGUUGCCAUCGGAUAUGGCCUUGAAGGAGGACAGCAAUUUCUACAAAUAUGUCCAAGAAUAUGCAAAGGAUGUUGAUUUGUGGUUUAAGGAUUUUGCUGAUGCGUACUCAAAGUUGUUGGAGAAAGGAAUAGAGUUCCCUGAAGAUAACAAGCCAAUAGAGUUUAAGACAUUGCAUGAGCAGACAGUGCCAAGCUAG